AUGGAAGGACUUGCCGGUCUUGUAGCUGGUGAAGACAUGGCAAUACUAGGUCAAAUGUCUGUCCGUCAGGCUAAAAACAUGGAUACUACCACAGUUUCCAUCCAAAAACGUUCCUGGAUUUCUCCAAUGGCUGAAGCAAUUCCGAGAAUCUCAUUUUCCCAUUAUUUGUUUUCAUCAACGCAACAGUACUACUACUGCCCUCCUCUCCGAUCGACUUCCGUGCCAUCCGAUUCAACCAUGGAAUUCGAAUUCGAUGUUCGAGUUAACAGUUUCGAUGAUCAAGAGUGUUACCAUUCAUCGGCUAACGAGCUUUUCGCCGAUGGUAAGAUCCUUCCUCUUCAAAUCAAGAAACAACAGAAGCAGCCACCAGUACCACACCGGAAACACCGACCUCGGGUGGCUGGAACAGGUGCUGGAUCAAUGAAUCGGAAUUGGAAUUCGAGUGGGAAUAACCCAAGAUCAUGUCAUUCAACUCCAAAGGUGAAACCAGACGGUCAUGGAAAUAGAAAAGGUAAUGAUCAGAGGCAGAAUAAGAAGAGUAGUGUCACAAAAGUUAAUCCUAUUCUCAAUGUUCCUUUGGUGGAUGUGUUUUGUCUGAGUUCACUCUUUUUAUCUGGAAAUAGGAAGAAAUAAAUAAUCAAAACAAUAAAAUCUUAUAUUAUUCUUAAUAUUAAUUCAACUC